AUGGAGCACCAGGCGAAUAUUCUCCUCAUAGGAGGCGGCGCUCUCGGCGCCAUGGCCGCCUUGAACAUGGAAACUGGCUCGAGAGCAGUCGUCACCGCGGUCCUACGAUCUAAUUUUGCGGUCGUGAACAAGAAAGGGUACGAGUUCAAGUCAUGCGAUCAUGGCGACAUACCCAGCUGGAGACCAACAACAGUCUUGCAUAGCAUACCACGGCUUGGGCCUGGCGACACACCCUACGAUUUUGUCGUUAUUACGACAAAGAACAUUAUGGAUUGUUCACCUAAUAUCGUUUCAGAAAUUGACAAAUGUGUCAGUCCAGGUUUCACAGUCAUUGUGCUUAUUCAAAAUGGACUCAACAUUGAACAACCAUAUUUUGAGAAAUUUCCAACGAAUAUCGUGCUGUCGGGCAUCAGCAUGAUUGGCGCCCAGGAGAUUUGCCCUGGAGUCAUUGAGCACACAAGUACAGACGACUUGAGCAUUGGAGCUUUUCACAACCAGCAGCUCGAUGCCAACCGCGAAAUGGAAGCCGCAAGACAAUUUGUUGCCAUCUAUGCUGCUUCAGGCCGGGCAUCAUGCAACUACACGGCCAAUACCAACUGGCAUAGAUGGAGGAAGCUUGUCUAUAAUGUAUCGUUCAACGCUCUUUCUGCUAUCACGGACCUGGAUACGGGUGCCUUGAGGCUCAGUAGUCAUCACGCCCGUAUCUUGAUAUCGAGCGCAAUGACAGAAAUCGCGGCUGCGGCUAAAGCCUCAGGCCAUGAGCUGUCAGUGGAUAUUGUCGAGACAAUGAUUGAUACCGAUCCCAUCGAAGAUCGUUUUGUUCCAAGCAUGCUUCAAGAUGUUCGCAAGAACCGACUUAUUGAGUUUGAAUACAUUCUUGGGGAGCCAUUGCGGGAGGGACAGCGCCACGGUGUUGCCAUGCCAAUUGUGACUACUCUAUAUACGCUUUGCGCAGCGAUUCAAUGGCGGAUGAAACAGAGCCAUGCAGGAACGCAAUAG